GACCAAGGAGUCUGAUCAAAUGAUUUUUCCUCCCCAGGAGACCUAAGCCCUGUGUCUCCAAUAUGGAACUGGAGAACCACACACGAGUCACCAAGUUCAUUCUGGUGGGAUUCCCUGGGAGCUUGAGUAUGCGGGCAGCCGUGUUUCUGAUAUUCCUUGUGGCAUAUAUUCUGACAGUGGCUGAAAACGUGAUCAUCAUCCUAUUGGUGCAGCAAAAUCGGCCACUGCACAAGCCUAUGUACUUCUUCCUGGCCAACCUGUCCUUCUUGGAGACUUGGUACAUCUCUGUGACUGUGCCCAAGUUACUGUUUAGUUUUUGGUCUAUGAACAACAGCAUCUCUUUCACACUCUGUAUGAUACAACUGUACUUCUUCAUUGCACUCAUGUGCACAGAAUGUGUGCUCCUGGCCGCCAUGGCCUAUGACCGGUAUGUGGCCAUCUGUCGCCCACUCCACUACCCGACCAUAAUGAGCCAUGGGCUCUGCUUCCGCCUCGCUCUUGGUUCCUGGGCCAUUGGCUUUGGCAUCUCCCUGGCGAAGAUCUACUUCAUCUCCCACCUCAGCUUCUGUGGUCCCAAUGUCAUCAACCACUUCUUCUGUGACAUCUCUCCAGUACUUAAUCUUUCCUGCACAGACAUGUCCAUAGCUGAGUUGGUGGACUUUAUCCUGGCACUGGGCAUCUUCCUUUUCCCACUCUUUAUUACUGUCCUGUCCUACGGAUGCAUUCUGGCCACCAUCUUACGCAUGCCCACAGGAAAACAGAAAGCGUUCUCCACUUGUGCCUCCCACCUUGUGGUGGUCACCAUUUUCUAUUCAGCCAUUAUUUUCAUGUAUGCUCGACCUCGAGCUAUCCAUGCCUUCAACAAGAACAAAAUUAUUUCCAUCUUCUAUGCCAUUGUCACUCCUUCUCUCAACCCUUUCAUUUAUUGCCUAAGAAACCGAGAGGUCAAGGAAGCUCUGAAGAAACUGGCAUAUUGCCAGGCCAGCAGAUCUGACUAGUCAAUUGCAAUUGAUUAGAAAGAAAGGUCGAGUGGGAGCCUGUAUGGCUUCCUCCACCCUUUCUCCUUUAACGACUCAGUUAGGACAUUGCCCAUGUUAAAAUGACAUCACCAUGUCUACAUCAAUCUCAGGCCCUUGGGUGUCUGCAUCUGGGCAUAUGGUCAUUGCUCUAAGGCCAUACACCUUCUAGAGAGCUAGAGAAAAUAAUUCUCAAUGGUUGUGACCCCAAAUGGGGUUUCUAAGACUGUGAGUAAAUUUAUAACCAAGUUGAGUAGGAAGAGAGAUGGUGAUGGGUGAGUUAGCUGUUUUUGGAUCUGCCAUACACUAAUAGCUCUGGGGCCAACAAAAUAGAUGGUAGCUUCCUGAUUUCCCAUCUUUCUAAGACAGAGGUAGCAACUCCCUCAACAAUCUUAUUCUUGAUGUUGUGCUGGGAGUGAAUUUUGGUGGCAGAGACUGCUUCUUGAGUUUUUGCAACAUUUUUUUGCGAGCACUUACUAACCUGUAUUAAAUGCCUUUCUGCUUAAACUAGUUAGAGUGCUUUCUUUUAUCUGUAAGUAAAUUGCACCUUACACAAUUGUGUUUUGUCUUCUGAUAUAACUCACACAGUUGCCUUUUAUAGAAUUUUAUAUUUCCCUUCUAGGUGCCACAAUGUAUCCUUUAGUGGAUGAACAUAAAAUAGAUGAUAAAUAAAUAUCAUCAAAUAUAUGAAUUGCCAGAUAAUAAUUGCCCUCAUUACUUCUCUUUUCUUUUGAUCUUGAUAUUCUCUUGUUUCUUUCUUUUAUCUUCUCUUGGUUUUCCACUUUCUCCACACUCAUCUCAGAGAUAAGUAACAAGGUCAGUUUCAGGAAUUGACAGAGAUUUUCAUUCCAUGCCAUAGUGAUUCUCAACUCUCCUUACCUAUAUAUCUAACACCUUCUACACACACACUAGAACCUCAUUGAUCAAAUGUGCUUUACACCCAUAGAAGGUACAUAGAUUUGCUCACUCUUGGUUCAUAGUUUUGCCAAUAGCAAAGGGCGAUAUAUUUUUAAGCUGUAUUCAACAUAGUGGGCCAACAUUAGUGGGAAUUUAAUUCUUUUAUUGUAACAGUUUUAAACAGGAGAGCUUCUUGCAUUAAUAACAUCUUUUAGCUAAGAACAAACCAUACUUUCAAGAAUGCUUUCUCUUUCUUCUUAAUUAAGACACGCUAGUCAGAAUUAUUUGUUCCAUUUUAUAAACUUCCAGAACAGAUGUUCAAGGAAGUAAAUAACAUACAACCACAGACAGUGGGGAGCAGAGGUCAAAAGUCCCAGUUCCCUGAAUCCAAACCUGGGUCUUUCUCUAGCGAAUGGGCUCUCCCUAGAGGAAAACAUACUUCUUUAGAAGCCGAGUAUGAAAGCUAGUUGUAAAGGAAUAUAGUUGGAAUUAUGA